CGCCGCGGGUGCGCCUGCGCGGUGUGGGCCUGGGGCUGCCUGCGCACAUUGCGCAGCUGCCGACGUAGCGCGGAGCCGCAGAUGGAGCCUGCCCCCGGCGCCGCAGAAAAUUCUAAGCUGAGACAUGUAGAAAAAGAUGUUUUGAUUCCACAAAUAAUGAGGGAGCGAGCCAAGGAGCUGUGUUCAGAUAAAGUGCAAGCAUUUACUAAGUGCUGUCAAGAAACUGGUCUUCUUAUGGUGGUGAAGUGUCGGCGAGAGAACACAGCACUGAAGGAUUGUCUGGUUGGCUACUAUUCUGAUCCAUUAUUCUACGAAGAAUGCAAAACAGAAUAUUUGAAGCAAAGAGAAGAAUACAGAGCAACUGGAAUUAAGAAAAAAAGGCAGAAGGUUACUUCAAAUGUAUAGUUAAAAUGAACUUUUCAAAUUUUAUAUCCAACUUUGAUUUGACUUGAUUUAAACAGACUUAAAUCAUCUGUACCCCUCUGUGUGGAAUUUAACUGAAAUACACAAAAUAAGAUGAAUGGAGAAUAAAAUAACCUCUGAACUUAAAAGUAAUUUUUUUUUUUUAAUUUUCUGUAAUAAAACAUAUAAAGCAUGCUCUCACAGUUUGCAAGAGAA